AAAGGCAUUAUUUAAAACUUGGUGGGUGACGCCUCAAGCUGGAAAACUGGAGACAGAAUAGUGAUUUCUAGCACUGAUUAUUCAAUAUACCAAGCUGAGGAAUUCAGCCUUCUCCCCUGCUCUGAAUGCAAAACGAACCAAGUCAAAAUCGAUGGCAAACCUCAUUAUCUUCACAUGGGUGAAAUUGUAGAUGGCGUUGAUAUGAGAGCAGAAGUUGGGCUGCUGAAUAGAAAUAUAAUGAUUAAAAGUGAAAUGGAAGCCUCCUGUUAUGGCCAAAACCAUUGCGAUAUUUUUAACUAUGAUACAUUUGGAGGACAUAUCAAGAUCCAAAGACACUUCAAGUCUUUUCACAUGUCUGGGGUGGAGCUGACUGUGCUUGGGCAGCAGGUCCUUGGGAGUUACCCAGUACGCUUUCACCUGGCCGGGGACAUGGAUCACAAGGGAGGCUCCGACCCUCCAACUUACCUGGAGAACCUGUCCAUUCAUCACUGCUUCUCUAGAUGUGUGACCGUGCACGGGACCAAUGGGCUACUGAUUAAAGACGUUGUAGGAUAUGAUACAUUAGGUCACUGGUUCUUCCUGGAAGAUGAUGUGGAGCAGAGAAACACACUCUAUCAUAACUUAGGGCUCCUUACAAAGCCGGGAACCACACUACCCUCAGACCGGGAUGAAGCCACAUGCCUUAGAAUCCGCAGCAAUGUGUUUGGGAAGUACAGACCAGUGCCGAGCACUGAUUGCAUGAUGUUGGAAUCUGGUAUAUUUUUCACCGGGUUCUUGCUGGACAUUCCGAAGGCACAAUUCCAGAAGGCCAGGCUGAGCUGACACCACUGGGGAUAUUUUACAUCAACAGAGUGCAUUUCAAUUUCAAAGCAGGUCUCUUUAUUGGAAAGGGGGUGAAGACAACAAAUGCAAGUGCAGAGAAUCCAAGAGAAUAUCUCACUAUAGAUAACGCAAGGUUAGUUAUCUAUAGCGUGGUCAUUUUAAAAUGCAUUGUACAUGGAUGCCUUGUGAAGAUUGCCCAAAUCAAUAGCCAGGGUUGCAAGUCUAUUCCAGUUUUUGCAGCAAAAAUACAAUUAUUAUAAUGUGUCUUUUUGAAAGCCAGAACCAUUAACUACAGAUUAUACAUAUUUUCCAAGCUUACUCGCUUCUCUAGACGUGCUAUAGCAAAGAUUAUGUACAUUAUCGGUCCUACAGUGUUCCUCUUUCUGUUUCUUGACUCAUAUUCAUCAGUUUCCAUGCCAUUGGAGCUGCCAUAUAUAGUAUUAAGAACAGUAACAGGCAGACCUCGAAGAGGUAUCCAAUGUAUUCAAAACAUUCAGUUCCUGCAAGCUAUCAAAAUAAAACACAAGUGGAAAUGCAUGUAAAUUUAACAACACAUGAGAGGGUUUUUUAAUCAUCUGCUUCCAGCAAUAAUUUAACAUUUUAAGGGGUUUUCAUAGAAACCAUUUCUGUCUGUCUUCAUAAAUAGCCUUCAAAAGGGCUUGCAUGCUGUUUAUAAAGAUAAUGACUUAAUGGUAAAGGCAAAUGUUUUUCUCUCAUUAGAACUGAGCUGUUCUGCCUCAAUGCAUUGGUGUUUUUUUGUUUUCUAUUGCUAGCAUUUAAAAAAAAAAAAAAAAAAAAAAAAAAGGAAUUAGAAAUAUAUUCAUGUGCAUUUUAAAUCCAUUGUGCUGCUUCCAGCCCUCCGAUCUAAGGAGACUGGCUGUACUGUUGCAUGAUUUGCAUCAGGUUGCUUUAAAAGAAAAUCUCAGUGUCUCCUUACAUAGCAAACACACACGUCUAUGAUGCACCUCACCCUCAUAGUGCAUUAAACUUGACUUUUCUGUUUAGGAUCCCUGUAAAUUCCUGACCCUCAAUGCACACUUUACCAACCUUUCCUGUGUUAAUGUUCAGUGUCUCCUGUUUGGUGAACUGGCAGUAUCUGCUUGUGGUUGUAGUUGUAAGAUGGUUCCAUCAGUGUAAUGGACAGGGGUGAACACUUCCUGUAUGUCUCUGUCAGGUUUCGCCCACACCAGGACGCUGACCCUGCUAAGCCGAGAGCUCCUGCAGUUAUUGAUGGGCUGAUAGCCUUUACAAAUAAUGACCAUGGU